CCACACAGAGCAUUCCCAUCAAUAAUUCAAUCAUUCGAAUAUUUAAUUCCAAUUGAAUACUGCUUCUGCAAUUAUAUUGAUAACACUGAUGAUACAGGAAAUUCAUCCUCGAGUACUUUGACAUGGGCGGAAAAGGAAACUGAAUAGUAUACAAUUAACUUGUCUUAGCAGAACUUCAUGUAACGACCAUUCGAAUUGCUCUUACGUGUAACUUUACAGUGAAUAUCGUCAGAUCGAAAUUUAUGAUAAAUGGCCGUUUUCAGCCUCGGUAGGAAAGAGGGUUUUCCCUCCCGUUACUCGACAAACGAGACCCCGGUCACCGUGGACGUCACGGAAGUGAUUUUCAUCGCACUCUUUCUUAUCAUAGGCAUCGCUUACUUAAUUAUCAUACCGAGUUACAAUAAGAGACAGAGCAUUUUCAUGGGCGUUAAGGUGACAUUCAGCGUAACAAUUGGAUGUCUGUUGAUCGUGAACAAUUUCGGCCAGGAAUGGGAGAGGAGCACCGUGAGAACUAAAGUACCUUACAGAGCCGGUACCGGGCACGAAAUCAAUGGUACCAUUGGCGUGAAAAUUGGUCUCCGGUCAGUGAACAUCACUUUAAAAGGAACUGGAGAGCAAGGAACGCCGCUCGCGAAGGAAACUAUUAAUUACAAUGAAAGAUUUUGGUGGACCUGGGACCAAGGCAGAUUCGGAUUCGGCCCAGAUGCUGGGCUGUUGCAAAGAAAUUUUCGAAGCGCUCAAAGAAGGGGCGCGCCGAUCUCGAUCCUUUGGGUAGCCGAGUAUUUCGUCAUCGACGGAGAAGGCAUACGAUUCGGCAGAUUUUACCGUACCGCUGGAUGGUAUUGUCACAUUUUACUGUGGACAGCAUUUGCUACGUGGAUCCUAGCGAAUAUAUUUCUACAGAGCGUAGGACGAUACGCGGCGUAUUGUCUUGGCACCACCGGUCUCCUGCAAAUAUUAACUUGCUUUGUAUGGCUCCUCGUUCGCAAUCCGUCGCCACUCGUAAUUCCUUUCGAGGAUGGAAGUAUUCGGUUGCAUUUUGGACCACACUUUUGGAUGACCUUGGUCUGCGGUAAACUGUGCGUACUAUUGGCUUCAAUAUUACUGUACAUGGACUUCAAGUACCCGAAUCUAUUGUCUAUGUUUUUGAAUACGAAUCCUUUCAAUCAGUACGACGAGUGCAUAGUAGAUUACAGCGAGUACGAACAUAUGACAAAUACCGAGCAAUCCGGAGGAAUAGAAAUGCGACCACUUCGCAGUACUUCACGAUCUUCAAGACUCGACGUCAUGGUACUGAAAAGGAGGACAAGUACGAAGUCGGUGAAAAAUGUGCUUCGCUGCCCUGUACCGGUAAACGUUGAAACACAAGAAGAGGGUGAAGCAAUAUAUUUAAACUUGAUACGAGAAUCAAUUUCGCCGGAAGUGAUCACUCAUCGUGGAGGGGAUGAUGCAGAGUCCCCGCCGUUAGUGAAACUACCGGAAAAAAUCACAGACCAGAGAGUAAUGGUUUGAAAAAACUGUGUAUUAUUACGUUACUACAGGAAUGACGAUACAAUUAUCUUUUUUAUGUA